AAAGGACAUUCCGUUCUGCGAUUGGAUACAGCGCUGUUUUCCUCUCUCCUCUGGACUGGCUGACUUAAGCGCAUAGACUUUCAGGGGAAACUCCUAAAAGAUAAACGCCAAACGGUUACACUACGAAUAAGGCGGAAGACAUGUGCUGAGCAGUUGUUAAGACUGUCAACUAAAGAAAGAGCGACUUUUAGUGUUAUUUCGAGCGCAGACACCUUCACGCAGUGGACGUUCCAAACGAGUUGCCAUGUUGUCUAGGUUAAGAACGGCCUGUUCCCUCAGGCCCUGUGUCUCUGCCUGCAGAUGGGCCCACACCAAAGAAAAAGGCAAGCCCCUCAUGUUAAACCCCCACACUAACAAGGGCAUGGCUUUUACUCUCCAGGAGCGACAGAUCUUAGGCAUUCAUGGUUUACUGCCUCCUAAAGUGGAGACUCAGGACAUUCAGACGCUGCGCUUUCAGAAAAAUCUCAAGAAAAUGACAGAUCCUCUAGAAAAAUACAUCUAUCUGAUGGGCAUCCAGGAGAGGAACGAGAGGCUCUUCUAUAGGGUUUUAAUGGAAGACAUCGAGGAGUUGAUGCCAAUUGUCUACACUCCCACUGUGGGCUUGGCCUGCACACAGUAUGGACACAUCUUCAGAAGACCCAAAGGCUUGUUCAUCUCCAUUUUGGACAGAGGACAUGUCCGCUCCAUCCUGGACAACUGGCCAGAAACCAAUGUAUCUGCUGUUGUGGUAACUGAUGGCGAGCGCAUUUUAGGGUUGGGGGACCUUGGUGUCUAUGGAAUGGGCAUCCCUGUGGGUAAACUUUGCCUGUAUACUGCCUGCGCUGGCAUCAGACCUGAGAAAUGUCUGCCUGUGGUGAUCGACGUCGGCACAAACAACGAGACUCUCCUUAAGGAUCCCUUUUACAUGGGCUUGUAUCAAAAGCGAGACCGGUCUCAAGCCUACGAUGACCUUAUUGACGAGUUCAUGGAAGCUGUGGUGAACAAAUAUGGCCAGGACACGCUGAUCCAGUUUGAAGACUUUGGAAACCACAAUGCAUUCCGAUUCCUCAGGAAGUACAGGGAGAAAUACUGCACCUUCAACGAUGAUAUCCAAGGCACUGCAUCUGUAGCCCUUGCUGGUCUGUUAGCAGCUCAAAGAGCGAUUGGCAAACCGAUCACACAACACAAACUGCUUUUCCUGGGAGCUGGAGAGGCUGCUCUGGGCAUUGCCAAUCUGAUCGUGAUGGCCAUGAUGGAGGCAGGGAUGACGCAGGCAGAGGCCCAGGAAAAGAUCUGGAUGUACGACGCCCACGGUUUACUUGUUAAGGGCAGAUCACAGAAAACUGAUAAUAACCAGGAGGCUUUUGUCCAUGAUAGUCCAGGGGACGUGCACAGCUUCCUGGAUGCUGUCAACACCAUCAAACCCACAGCUAUUAUUGGAGUGGCGGGAGCUGGACGCCUGUUUACCCAUGAUGUUAUUAAAGUCAUGGGGACAUUCAAUGAACGACCAAUCAUCUUUGCUCUGAGUAACCCAACAAAUAAAGCAGAGUGCACAGCCGAGGAGGCCUACACUUUAACUGAUGGGAGAUGUCUUUUUGCCAGUGGAAGUCCAUUUGGUCCAGUUACUUUGAGUAACGGACAGGUCUUCACCCCUGGGCAAGGAAACAAUGCUUACAUCUUUCCAGGUGUGGCCCUGGCUGUGAUCCUGAGCGGAGUGAGGCACAUCAGUGACACAGUAUUCCUAGAGGCUGCUAAGGCUCUUGCAGAACAGCUGACUGAUGAAGAGCUUGCAGAAGGCAGACUCUAUCCUCCUCUCUCCAACAUCAGAGAGGUCUCUGUCCAGAUUGCUAUUAAGGCGAUGGAAUAUGUCUACUCCAAAGGCAUGGCAUUCCGCUACCCUGAGCCCAUGGACAAGAAUGGUUUCAUACGUGCUACUGUGUGGAACACCAGCUACGACUCCUUUCUGCCGGACACAUACGACUGGCCAGGCGUCAGCUUUAAGCCAAAGACGGACUAGACGUGACGCAAGCACUCGUUGAGCCUCACGCUCAGACGCCUAUUUUCUUCCUUUUCCACUUUCAUUUUACAGCAUAAGAUCUGUGUUCUUUCUGUGCAAUUUUGAGCGGCUGAAAUCCUCCGUAAUCUUUAUUCUUUGCUUCGUCUGGUUUAGAUCUGUUUUUUUUUGGGUUUGCUAAAAUUAAAGAGGGAAAUAUUAGGCAAAAAGGGCACCUUAUAGGUGAAGAAAGCUCUUGUGGGGUUGGAUAGCCAACUGAUUUUGGAAUAUGGAGUUGAGAAAACACAUUUUAGUCUGGGGGACUCCUCACCUUUUCAUCAUUUAUUGUUUGCAGUGAUCAUAUAUGUCAACAAAUAACAAAUGAAAGAUAUAGAUUUACGUGAAAGAAUAUAUAUUAAGCAAAAAGCAUUGAAAAAAUUAUGAACUAGUGACUCCAGAAUAAAUAAAUUGACAUCAAUAUUAUUAACUUAAAUGGGAAAAAUGUAUAUGUUAAAGAAAUUGUAUAUUAUUUUGGUCUUUUAUGAGUUACUGUUGACUCGUUUGCUAUUCUAUUUCGGUUUCAGGUUUCAGUGCAGUUGUAACAAGAAUAUUGAGGUGGUGCAAACAUGUAAUGUUAUUUAGUGUUUUAAACGACUCAACAUCACAUAUUAAUUUGAAUAUUGCCCUUUACUACAUUAUGGCUAUCUUCUAAACAGCCAGUAAAGCGCAUCUAGAGAUGGAGGGGAGGGGGGGGGGGGUGAAAAAACAAGAAGGGAAACAAACCUGACUGAUGGGGUAACCUGAAUAUUAUUUUAGAGCUUUGAGCUGACGUUUCUGCAGAUUCACAUGGAGAAAUGUGUUAUAUUUUAUAUGUAAAAUGACUAAUUGCUACAGCUAGUCCUUUCAGCACAUUGUUGCUCCUGGUUUUUUCCCUUAUAUAUUCUUUUAUUUUGUGUUUGCACUCCAUUAAGUCCAAUAUAUAAUAACUCCAUUCUUUAACAAAAUCCCUAUAAAGGACAUAGCAGAAAUGGUAUAUUAACUGUACGUAGCCAUUAUUAUUUACAAAACAGAGUGCAAUAUUGAUUAAGCUGAUAAAUAUAAUGUACUAUUAUAAACUCUUCAUUAAAGAGCCGAAAUAAAAUGUUUAGUCAAUGAAUAAAGUAGCUUGUAGUGGUGAUAGUGAAUAUCUUUAACACUGUGCACAACUAAAUAACGAAUGAGACUUUAUUUUGUUCUUCUGUUCACCUUGAUGUUUUACAACGGAUAUGUCACGCGAUCAUCUUGAUUCUUCUGAAGGAAAUCCAGCUGUCGGUUAACCAGCUGAUAACUUGCUUGCCUUUUCAUGAACUCUAGUGGAGUUAUUAUUGAUUAUUAUAUAUAGACCUCAGGGUAUUGUACCUAUUGUAUCUGUUUGCUUUGAAGUGCCAGAAAAAAAAUGGGUUAAAAUUCACUCCAUGUUCAACUCUCAACAUGCUGCUGGUUGAGCUAAAACACACACAAAAAAUGUGUUUUUCUUUUUGUUAAAAAUAGUCUCACCUGUGUCUUAGAUUUUUGUCUGUGCAGCUUGUGACAAAAAAAAGGUCACUUGUUUUUAAUGUCCAUUUAUGUAAGUGGAUUUGCAAUUGUUUCAAAUGUUUAUUUCUAAUAAAACUAUGUCUGUCCUGAAACUGAAUUUUGUUGAUGUUGUCCUACAUAUCCGUGACCCAAGUAUUCAUUGAUGCUGUCCGGUUUUUGAGCUUUUAUUGUAAUGUUUUGUACAAAGUUAAUUACAGACACGCACAAUGUUUCAAACCUGAUAAAUACAAUUUAUUUGACAUUGUA